UUAUGAAAAACGUUUUAAGCUGACAUUAUGUACACAAUGUGUUCGUGCUCGUCCAGUCGUCUGCCGCCACGUGCACACUACAGGCCAAGAAAGUUUCUGCUGAGCGUAAGAUCGUGAUUCUAUGAACACGUUCACUUUGUCUGGCCAGUACGGAAGGAUAACACUUACAUCUGUAGUGAAAUACAUUUGUUGAAAUAUUAUUGUACUGAUACAGCGCAGAGUCUGCUUCUACUGACACAGGUGUUUGAAGAGUUACUCUUUGAAAUUCAGAUUUUUGAGAACAUCUAUACAACAAUAAGACGAGGUGUGAAGUGGGAAAAAGGACGAUAAAAAGGUUACUUCGUUUUCUGAAUGUUAUAAAAUGACAGAAACUAACAGGUUGAGAUAAAAUCUUCGUAUCCACCACCCACGAGCAGAUCUUAUCACUGGGAGUUAAAGGUGUUCGUCCCGUAAUUCUCACGCAGUCAAAGAUGGAAUGUACGUGAGACUGUAUAUGGGCCCCGUAGUUGAGGAAAUGGUUCACGUGCCAGUAUCUUUUCAGCGUCUCUGGCCAAUAUGUAUCUUGGUACUUGUGACGACUCUCUUUCUUAUCUACACAGUACUUAACUUGAUGAAGAAUCCUAGUACUGGUUCCUUUAAUCUCAGAAAAAUCACAUCAGGGCGCAACUGCUCGACAACAGAGUGUUUGGCUAUCGACCAUUCAGUGGUCACUAAUAAUAUUAACUUCAGUUUCGAUUUUCGUGGGCUUGAUGUUGACAAGUUAUUGUACAACAGAGCACCAAAAUGUGGAAGCACGACGAUUUACAGCAUAAUGCAAAAACUUUCAGUUGACUUGGGCUACCAGCAUUAUAAUUCUAAAAUUUAUAACAAGAAACUUCUAGAUGAAUCUCAACAGCGUAGGUUCGUAAAGAGAGUUAAAAGAAUGCCCUCGCCCUGCAGUUUUGAUAGACACGUGUUUUUUGUCAACUUUUCACAGUUUGGAGAAACAUCUCCCUUGUACAUCAACGUUGUAAGAGAUCCUGUGGAAAGAAUCGUCUCUUCCUACUUUUAUCGUCGGGCUGCUGCCAAGCGGCGAGCCAAUCAAGGAAGGCCUAACGAAUACUGGAUGAACAAGAACUUUGAGCAGUGUGUGCUUUCAAGCGACCCAGAAUGUACUUUCAUUGAUGGAGGGAUCUACAGUGUAUUGCUUCUUCCAUACUUCUGCGGUCAGGACAGAAGAUGUCUGAUCCACAAUCAUCCCUGGGCUCUAUGGCAAGCUAAGCAGAACAUUCAAAGAUUUUAUCCUGUGGUAGGUGUGUUAGAAGAUAUGAAUACUACUCUGAUUGUUCUAGAGAAUACGUUACCUCGUUUCUUCCGUGGGGCCUUCAAACUGUACCACAAUACUGAGAUCCGCCGUAACCAAAACACUCGUAAGAAAGAAGUAGCUGAAGAAAUUAAAGAUGUAAAAGGAGGUGGAAGUUAUAAGCUAUACUUACUUACAAUCAAUAAUGCAUCUUAAUUUACAGAGAUCCGCCGUAACCAAAACACUCGUAAGAAAGAAGUAGCUGAAGAAAUUAAAGAUGUAAAAGGAGGUGGAAGUUAUAAGCUAUACUUACUUACAAUCAAUAAUGCAUCUUAAUUUACAGAGAUCCGCCGUAACCAAAACACUCGUAAGAAAGAAGUAGCUGAAGAAAUUAAAGAUGUGUUGCGUGCCAAUUUAACAGCAGAGUAUGAGUUGUACUUUUUCAUCCAACGUCGACUACGUCAACAACUACAUGAUAUCCAGAUGAAAAAUAAAGAAAAAAAGUACGUCAAAAGUAAAAUUAAAUGAUGAUUUUCAGUUCAGUUUCAUUUUCUAUAUUAGAAAAUAACUUUAUACUGAAAUUCAGCUAUUUAGACAAGUGACUUGCAUACUCAAGUUAGGGUACUUUGUUAAAUAUCUGUUUUGUAAUAUAACCUUAAGGUUACUGCAGCACUGUUAAGUAGUAAAGUGAAAUUUAAAGAAUAUGUUUUGUUUUGUGAGGUUCAAUCCUUAAUGGAAAACUGAAGCCAUUUUAGGGAAUACUGAGACAACAUCUAUUGAAUCCUGAAAUGACAUUUCAAGAUAUUUAUUUGUGUCUCAUCGUGUAACCUACAACUACUUUCAGAAACCCAUUUAUAGAGAUAAUUUUAUUUUCUCUACAAACUAUACGGCCCUCUCCAAUUAUUAUUUAAUCAGAACUACCAUCUUUGUUAUUAUUAGUUUUCAUUUCAGUUUCGUCUUGACACAGUAUUCUUAAGAAUUUGUUUUUAAUUCUUGCUUAGAAAUGUUUAUCAAUAACUCAGUCUUAUUUUAACAAAUAACAGAUAAACAGAAUUGUAAAUACCGACAUCUCUGAAACGAGAAAAAAGAUUUGUUACCUAGCUGGAUCUUCUACAGAUUCCCAACUGAACUAUUAUAGGGUAUAACAGUUCUAAUAUUUCAUUAGUAAAUUGAUGACAUGUAUACAUUUCACAAUAAAAUUUUGGAUGCAAAAAAA